AUGAUCGGACAAGGCAAAGUGAAGCUGGUCAUCCUGGCCAACAACUGCCCGGCCCUGAGGAAAUCUGAAAUAGCGUGCUAUGCCAUGUUGGCCAAGACUGGUGUCCAUCACUACAGUGGCAAUAAUAUUGAAUUGGGCACAGCAUGUGGAAAGUACUACAGGGUAUGCACACUGGCUAUCAUUGACCCAGGUGAUUCUGAUAUCAUUAGAAGCAUGCCAGAACAGACUGGUGAAAAGUAA